CGUUGACAAACCCUGCGGCCUGCUGUGGCUUUGUCUUUGGCCUCUGCAACAUUGGCAAUGGCCACAGGAACAUGGCUGGUGCUUUUUUGAAGUGGAACCCCUGUCUGGGUCACUCCGCACAGCUGGGCCACAAGUUCUGCCACAAAGUUCUUGUGCGUCAUGGGUGUGACCUGUUGGGUCGCACUGAUGUCACAGUGCAGGAUGUAUGCAUUUGUUGUUCCCAUGUCCAAAAAAUGCAGGAAGAGGGUACGGUACCAGCGAGCAGUUCUGCGAUGGGUUGAGUAAUACUGGAGAAGCUGGUCUGACAGGUCAACCCCUCCCAUGUACUUAUUGUAGGCCAUGAUGGGGGUAGGGCAGGGAAUGUCUUUUGCUACCCAGCGUCCAGGUCCUUCCUUCACCUUCCUCUUGAUUGUCUCGCCCGAAAACGCUGGGUGGAUUGUGGAGCACACCGACACCUCCCGCGUAUCCAUCCACUUCACAAAGACCAGGCGAUCCUCUCUGAUCCAUCUCACAGACCCCCUCUUCGAUUUGCUGGUGAGGGCAUUUUCUCUGCCACUAGGACACCCUUUUCUGUUGCUUCUGUAGGUCCCACAGGCUCCAAACUUCAUACUUCCCAAACUCAGGAACAGUUUUGGGCUGGUGUAGAAAUUGUCCAUAUAAAUAUGGUAUCCUGUACCAAGAUGUGAUGGCUGAAUGAGGUCCAUAACAGCAUCAUAUGAAAGUCCAUGCACGCUGGGUGUGUGUGCUUUCCCAACAUACACGUUGAAGUUUAGAGUGUAGCCAUUGUUAGACUCUGCCAACACAAAGAGCUUGAUCCCCCAUUUGUUAGGCUUGUCCUUCAUGUACUGGGUCAUGCCAGUUUUGGCUUUUGUAGCCACCAUCCUCUCGUCGACUGACAGUUCCUUCUUAGGAUGGUAAUGAGCCUGGCAGGCAGUGCGAAUGUCGUCCAUCAGAGGUUUGACCCUGAACAGUUUGUCAUGCUGGGGUGUACCUUUGCGCUGGUCAUUUAUGACAUCCUCCUCUGGAUCACUUAGGUGGAUGUUCCAUGAGAUGGACCGGAAUAUGUCUCUUGGCAUGACCUUCGCUGGCAAUGAAACAGACAAUAUGUGGCUUUGUUUCCAGUAGUCCUGGAUACUAGGCAGAGUCACCAAUGAGGUGUAGAUGAGGAGACCCAGAAAUCUGUGCAGUUCCUCCACAUCAACGUCAGUCCACUGAUAUUUGCUCCCCUUCUGCUGAUUUCUUGCUGCCUGUUUGUUGGUGUUUCUGCAGAUUGUCCUCAUUGUAUCUGCGGCGAAGUAGAGCAGGAAGAGGUCCUUUGGUGUGUGCCCUGAAUGCAAAUCCACCUGGGCUCCUGGUGGUCUGCGGGGCAUGAACCUACUGGCUUGUGGGGCAGUGUCAGGAUCAGUCUCUGUUUUCCAUGGCUCAGAGCUCUGUUCUGGCUGUGCUGCUGACUGGGCUGGAGAUCUUGACCUGGUCUUGGCCUGAUCCUUCCUUCCACGCCCCCUCUGUGAUGGCCUCCGUCGGCUUGUUGUGGGGGUGGGGGCUGUUGAUGGCCCAGGCUGCUCGUCGUCGUCGUCGUCACUAUACAAAACAGGUAAACGGAUUCAAGAUUAUUCAAAGUUCAAGAUGUUCAUUGGCAUUUGCACUACAGUGAAGUAGAAAAGAAUACUAUAGUAAGAUAAACGAAAGCAAUAAAACAAAUUCAUUUUAGAAAAAUGUUUGUCUUCUUACCUCACGUUUUCAGCAACAAAAUCAGGGUCCUCGAAGUCAUCCUGGCCACUCUCAUUGUCUGACGACGAACUUUCCAAAGUUUCUUCAUCGCUCAUUUGGAAUAACAAGUCGACGGCUUGUUCAACGUGAAGUGUGCGCCUCAUAUUGCUUCACAAAAACGAUACUGCUGACAAUAAAACUCUUGAAAUACUAACAAUUGAAAUACUAACUCGUGAAAAACUCUCCAAAACUACUCAUGAACUGAACUAAUUCCUCUCGUUCGUUCUUUCGCAAUGGCUAGUUGUCAUGGGAAUGAAUGUUUAUAUACUCGUGUGCAUCCUGAAGAACCGGGUUAGCACAAGCACACGUUUUUUUCCGUUCCUUUUUAUCACAAAAGACGACAAAGUUAUUAUAAUAAAUGCAAAGCGCUCAUAAAAGAGCGCAUAUUUUGACGCACUUUUUUCAUGGAAUUGAAAUUAUCAUAACUUUGGUUUUAGUUGGUGUAUUUACAUGAAACAAACACUCAAAACGUAGCUUCGGGUCUCCAUUUCUGCAUGAAAUCGACGGCAGCCCUCUGCGUCACUUGGUUUGGAUGCUGCGCGGUCCUAAAGCCGGCCCGCGAUUUGAACGCGCCGAAGCGUUCGCCGACUCGGAAGAGUUAAGAGUUGAAAACAGCAGGUCUGGGACAGGUAGGGGUUUCGUAGCCGCAGGCAGAACAGUUGAAACUGGUAACACUUUAUAUUUUAAGGGUUGGCAAUAAACCAUUUAGAAGGCAUUUAUAAAGUGUGUUCAACAUUUCUUAAUCAUUACUCCCACAUUUAUAAACCAUUUACUAAUUAUUAAUCAGGUAUGGUUUACCGUAUGUUCUUAAUACACUGUUCACUGAGAUCUGAUGCUAAUAAGCUACCGCUAACUAAAAGCUUCUCCUGGAUGACCUGGGGGCCCCGUGUAGCUCAGUUGGUAGAGCAUGGCGCUUGCAACGCCAGGGUUGUGGGUUCGUUUCUCACGGGGGGCCAGUAUGAAAAUGUAUGCACUCACUAACUGUAAGUCGCUCUGGAUAAGAGUGUCUGCUAAAUGACUAAAAUGUAAAUGUAAAUGUAUGUAUUUUUUAGCUGCUAAUCUAAAAUGAGUGCUAUUUAUGCUUUUUAAAUAAUUUAUAAAUGUUUUGAAUGACCAGUGUAAUUUCUCACCAAAAAAUGGGUGUGUCAAUGGUAGACAUUCCAGCAGUACCUGGUAAAAUAACAAGCACACAGCAGAGGAUGUUCAAGGGUUUUUCUUUAUUUUUACUGUUUUUUACAUUGUAAAAUAAUAUUGAAGACAUCAAAAUUAUGAAAUAACACAUAUGGAAUCAUGUAGUAACCAAAAAAGUGUUAAAUAAAUCAAAAUAUAUUUUAUAUUUGAGAUUCUUCAAAAAGCCACCAUUUGCCUUGAUGACAGCUUUGCACACUCUUGGCAUUCUCUCAACCAGCUUCAUGAGGUAGUCACCUGGAAUGCAUUUCAAUUAACAGGUGUGCCUUGUUAAAAGUUAAUUUGUGGAAUUUAUUUCCUUCUUAAUGCGUUUGAGACAAUCAGUUGUGUUGUGACAAGGUAGGGGUGUAUAUAGAAGACAUCCCUAUUUGGUAAAAGACCAAGUCCAGAUUAUGGCAAAAACUGCUCAAAUAAGCAAAGAAAAACAACAGUCCAUCAUUACUUUAUUACAUGAAGGUCAGUCAAUACAGAACAUUUCAAGAACUUUGAAAGUUUAUUCAAGUGCAUUCGCAAAAACCAUCAAGCGCUAUUAUGAAACUGGCUCUCAUGAGGACCGCCACAGGAAUGUAAGACUCAGAGUUACCUCUGCUGCAGAGGAUACGUUCAUUAGAGUUACCAGCCUCAGAAAUUGCAGCCCAAAUAAAUACGUCACAGAGUUCAAGUCACAGACCCAUCUCAACAUCAACUGUUCAGAGGGGACUGUGUGAAUCAGGCCUUCAUGGUCAAAUUGCUGCAAAGAAACCACUACUAAAGGACACCAAAAAGAAGAAGAGACCUGCUUGGGCCAAGAAACACGAGCAAUGGACAUUAGACCGGUGGAAAUGUGCCCUUUUGUCUGGAGUUCAAAUUGGAGAUUUUUGGUUCCAACGGCUGUGUCUUUGUGAGACGUGGUGUGGGUGAACGGAUGAUCUCUGUGUAGUUCCCACCUUAAAGCAUGGAGGAGGAGGUGUGAUGGUAUGCGGGGUGCUUUGCUGGUGACACUAUCUGUGAUUUAUUUAGAAUUCAAGGCACACUUAACCAGCAUGGCUACCACGCCAUCCCAUCUGGUUUGGGCUUAGUGGGACUAUCAUUUGUUUUUCAACAGGACAAUAACCCAACACUCCUCCAGGCUGUGUAAGGGCUAUUUUAUCAAGAAGGAGAGUGAUGGAGCGCUGCAUCAGAUGACCUGGCCUCCAAAAUCCCCUGACCCAAACCCAGUUGAGAUGGUUUGGGAUGAGUCAGACGGCAGAGUGAAGGAAAAGCAACAAACAAGUGCUCAGCAUAUGUGGGAACUCCUUCAAGACUGUUGGAAAAGCAUUCCAGGCUGGUUGAGAUAAUGCCAAGAGUGUGCAAAGCUGUCAUCAAGGCAAAGGGUGGCUACUUUGAAGAAUCUCAAAUAUAAAAUAGAUUUUGAUUUGUUUAACUCUUUUUUGGUUACUGCAUGAUUCUAUAUGUGUUAUUUCAUAGUUUUGAUGUCUUCACUAUUAUUCUACAAUGUAGAAAAUAGUCAAAAUAAAGAAAAACCAUUGUAUGAGUAGGUGUGUCCACACUUUUGACUGGUACUUUAUAUACAUGUCUGAUUAACUAGCUUACUAGCUUGUCUGUAGCUUGUGAGGUGUGUAAAAACUUUGUUGCUUUUAUGUAUUUUUUGUUUUGUUGCUUUUUGUGCUAUGGCUCUGUCUGCGUGCUACGUGCUGCUUGUCCUAUGUUGCUCACUGCUCAUUGUUUGUCUGUAUUGUUAUUGUAAUUGUUUUUAAUUAGCUGCCUGGGACUGUGGUUGAAAAUUAGCUGACUGGCUAAAACUGGCACUUUUACUGAAACACUGAUUUAAUGUGCACUGUCCCUGUAAAAAUAGAAAUUAACUCAAACUUAUGUUUUAACAGAUGUAAUAAAUGGUGAGCAAACUAUAAAUACCUUAUGAAUGGUUUAUAAAUACCUCAUGAAUGGUUUAUAAAUGCCUUAUGAAUGGUUUAUAAAUGCCUUAUGAAUGGUUUAUAAAUGCCUUAUGAAUGGUUUAUAAAUGGUUUAUAAAUGCCUUAUGAAUGGUUUAUAAAUGCCUUAUGAAUGGUUUAUAAAUGGUUUUUAAAUGCCUUAUGAAUGGUUUAUAAAUGCCUUAUGAAUGGUUUAUGAAUGGUUUAUGACUGGUUUAUAAAUGCCUUAUGAAUGGUUUAUAAAUGCCUUAUGAAUGGUUUAUGAAUGGUUUAUAAAUGCCUUAUGAAUGGUUUAUAAAUGCCUUAUGAAUGGUUUAUAAAUUCCUUAUGAAUGGUUUAUAAAUACCUUAUGAAUGGUUUAUGAAUGGUUUAUAAAUGCCUUAUGAAUGGUUUAUAAAUGCCUUAUGAAUGGUUUAUAAAUGCCUUAUGAAUGGUUUAUCAAUGCCUUAUCAAUGGUUUAUUAAUGGUUUAUAAAGGCCUUAUGAAUGGUUUAUAAAGGCCUUAUGAAUGGUUUGUUACGGACCCUUAAAAUGAAGUGUUACCGAACACAGAGUUCUCCUUAGAAUUUUAUUUUAUCACACUUCAUGUUUUUAUUUUAAGAACAUGCGUUGGUGCUGGAUUGGUAUAUCAUUUGCAGUGGUAAUGGCUGAUGGAAGGGCACAGGUUGGCAUAUGCUAGCACUGGCCUAUAUGGAUGAUUCAUACUGCAAUAGCAGAACACUGAACAGAAGCAGUAAUGAUGGCUUACGGCACAACAAUGCAUUGACUCACUCUGUGCCAAAUCAUAGUGAGAAGUAAGCGUGUCCUUCCAUCCGCACCAAGGUCAAACGUGUCUCUUUCUCUGUACUCUUGGAGGCAGUACAUUUUACAUUUUAGUCAUUUUAGCAGACACUCUUAUCCAGAGCGACUUACAGUUAGUGAGUGCAUACAUUUUCAUACAGUAGUUCAUUCUUCCUCUGUAGUCUUGGAGGCAGUACAGUGCCUUGCAAAAGUAUUCAUCCCCCUUGGUGUUUUUCCUAUUUUGUUGCAUUACAACCUGUAAUUUAAAUGGAUUUUUAUUUGGAUUUCAUGUAAUGGACAUACACAAAAUGUUCCAAAUUGGUGAAGUGAAAUAAAAAUAAAAAUAAAUUUCAAAACAUUCUACAAAAUAAAUAACAGAAAACUGGUGCGUGCAUAUGCAUUCACCCCUAAAUAAGAUCUGGUGAAACAAAUUACCUUCAGAAGUCACAUAAUUAGUUAAAUAAAGUCCACCUGUGUGCAAUCUAAGUGUUAAAUGAUCUGUCACAUGAUCUCAGUAUAUAUACACCUGUUCUGAAAGGCCCCAGAGUCUACAACACCACUAAGCAAGGGGCACCACCAAGCAAGCGUCACCAUGAAGACCAAGGAGCUCUCCAAACAGGUCAGGGACAAAGUUGUGGAGAAGUACAGAUCAGUGUUGGGUUAUAAAAAAUAAAAAUCUGACACUUUGAACAUCCCACGGAGCACCAUUAAAACCAUUAUUAAAAAAUGGAAAGAAUAUGGCACACCAACAAACCUGCCAAGAGAGGGCCGCCCACCAAAACUCAUGGACCAGGCAAGGAGGGCAUUAAUCAGAGAGUCAACAAAGAGACCAAAGAUAACCCUGAAGGAGCUGCAAAGCUCCAAAGCGGAGAUUGGCCUAUCUGUCCAUAGGACCACUUUAAGCCGUACACUCCACAGAGCUGGGCUUUAUUGAGGAGUGGCCAGAAAAAAGCCAUUGCUUAAAGAAAAAAAAAUAGCAAAUAUGUUUGGUGUUCGCCAAAAGGCAUGUGGGAGACUCCCCAAACAUAUGGAAUAAGGUACUCUGGUCAGAUGAGACUAAAAUUGAGCUAUCAAGGAACACACUAUGUCUGGCGCAAACCCAACACCUCUCAUCACUCUGAGAACACCAUCCCUGUGGGGAUGUUUUUCAUCGGCAGGGACUGGGAAACUGGUCAGAAUUGAAGGCAUGAUGGAGGGCGCUAAAUACAGCGAAAAUCUGGAGGGAAACCUGUUUCAGUCUUCCAGAGAUUUGAGACUAAGACGGAGGUUCACCUUCCAGCAGGACAAUGACCCUAAGCAUACUGCUAAAGCAACACUCAAGUGGUUUAAGGGGAAACAUUUAAAUGUCUUGGAAUGGCCUAGUCAAAGCCCAGACCUCAAUCCAAUUGAGAAUCUGUGGUAUGACUUAAAGAUUGCUGUAUACCAGCGGAACCCAUCCAACUUGAAGGAGCUGGAGGAGUUUUGCCUUGAAGAAUGGGCAUAAAUCGCAGUGGCUAGAUGUGCCAAGCUUAUAGAGACAUACCCCAAGAGACUUGCAGCUGUAAUUGCUGCAAAAGGUUGCUCUACAAAGUAUUGACUUUGGGGGGGGUGAAUAGUUAUGCAAGCUCAAGUUUUCUGUUUUUUUGUCUUAUUUCUUGUUUGUUUCAACAACAACAAAAAAAUUGCAUCUUCAAAGUGGUGGGCAUGUUGUGUAGAUCAAAUGAUACAAACCCCCCAAAAUCGAUUUUAAUUCCAGGUUGUAAGGCAACAAAAAUAGGAAAAAUGCGAAGGGGGGUGAAUACUUUCGCAAGCCACUGUAGUUCACUUUGCUUCUUCCGCUGUGGUCUUGGAGGCAGUAGUUAAUUAUCUGUCUUCUGCGGUGUUGAAGGCACUAGUUCACUCUCCCUCUUCUUCUGUGGUCUUGGAGGCAAUAGUUCAAGUCCUGAUGGGAGCAGUCAUCCCUUUGGACCUCAGCAGAAAGCAGAUAGGUUGAUUGAGUUCAGAUGCUAUUCUAUCGAUCCCAACAACUGCUGCUGCUGAUGCUCUAGGAUAUACCACCUCCGACCCUCUAUGUCAACAGGAGAUAGAGAGAGAGAGAGAGAGAGAGAGAGAGAGAGAGUGACGGAGACAGAGAGAGACAGAGAGAGAGGUUACCAUGGAAACCACCAGUCUAACUUCAUCCCAGCCUUUCUCUCUCUCUCUCUCUCUCUCUCUCUCUCUCAGCAAGCAGAGAGGGAGAGGGAGAGGGAGAGGGAGGGAGGGAGAGAUGUAGAGAGGGAAAGAGGGAGAUUCACCAGCUCUACUCAGCAGCUGCAAUGUGUGCAUCUUUACGUGUGUCUGUGAGAGAAAGUAAUAGUCAUGUUGAAAAGCUUUGGGGGAAGCACUCUGCCUUGGCUUGGCUUGCCGUGCCGCUCAGUGGAUGUCCAAUCCUAAUGAGUGAGACAUGGCUGGAUGAAGUGACAGGGUCUCGGAUGACUCCCGGUCUCUUUAGGCCCUGAUAGGCACCCAAUUUGGUAGCUCUCCCUCUCACAGCCCAGUAGAGAGCGGCAGGGGGUAUAGGGAUGUGUGUGAGAGAGAGCGGAGGGAGUAGAGAGAGAGAGAGAGUGUGUUUGAAAGGAUUCUGAGUGGUAUAUAAAGAGCGACAUGACUGACAAGGUGUGUGUGUGUGUGUGUGUGUGUGCCUAGGAUUGAAAUAUACACACACACACAGUGAGACAUUUGUUAUGUUGCACACAUGCACUUAUAUAGACUCUAAUGGCAUAUCAACAUCUUCCUCCAAUGUUCCCCUAUUCCCUCCCUGUUUUUCAUUUCUCUGUCUCGGUCUGUCUCUCUCUCUCUCUCUCUCUCUCACUCUCUCUCUCUCUCUCUCUCUCUCUCGGUCUCUGUCUCUGUCUCUGUCUCUGUCUCUGUCUCUGUCUCUGUCUCUGUCUCUCUCUCUCUCUGAGAAUAUUAUUCCAAUGUUCUCCAUUAGUGUCUCAUAUUACACACACACACACACACACACACACAUACUUAACCAAUGAUGUGUAUGAACCCUGUUUUGAACCCCUCAGUCAUUUUUGUACUCCAUUGUAAAAAAAAAAAAAAAAGAUUUUGGAAGUUAUAGAAAUGCAUUUAUUAAUGUCUGCAUUUGGUUUUGACAAGUGUAUACUACAUGACCAAAAGUAUGUGGACACCUGCUUGUCUCAUUCCAAAAUCAUGGGCAUUGACAUGGUCCCCCCAUUGAUGCAAUAACAGCCUUCACGCUUCUGGGAAGGCUUUCCACUAGAUGUUGGAUCAUUGAUGCAGGGACUUGCUUCCAUUCAGCCACAAGAGCAUUAGUGAGGUUGAGCACUGAUGUUGGGUGAUUAGACUUGGCUCGCAGUCUGCGUUCCAAUUCAUCCCAAAGGUGUUGUGCAGGCCAGUCAAGUUCUUCCACACUGACCUCGACAAACCAUUUUUGUAUGGACCUCACUUUUUGCACUGGGGCAUUGUCAUGCUGAAACUCUUGCCACAAAGUUGGAAGCACAGAAUAGUCUAGAAUGCCAUUGUAUGCUGUAGCGUUAAGAUUUCCCUUCACUGGAACUAAGGGGCCUAGCCCGAACCAUGAAAAACAGCCCCAGACCAUUAUUCCUCCUUCACCAACCUUUACAGUUGGCACUAUGCAUUGGGGCAGAUAGCGUUCUCAUAGCAUCUGCCAAACCCAGAUUCGGACAGCAAGAUUGGGAAGCGUGAUUCAUCACUCCAGAGAACACGUUUCCACUUCUCCAGAGUCCAAUGGCGGCGAGCUUUACAAUAUUCCAGCCGGUGAUCUUAGGCUUGUGUGCGGCUGCUCGGCCAGGCAAACCCAUUUCAUGAAGCUCCCGAUGCACAGUUCUUGUGCUGACGUUGCUUCCAGAGGCAAUUUGGAACUCGGUAGUGAGUGUUGCAACCGAGGACAGACAAUUAUUACAUGCUACGCGCUUCAGCACUCGGCGGUCCCGUUCUGUGUGCUUGUGUGGCCUACCACUUCGUGGCUGAACCGUUGUUGCUCCUAGACGUUUCCACUUCACAAUAACAGCACUUACAGUUGACCGGGGCAGCUCUAGCAGGGCAGAAAGGUGGCAUCCUAUGACGGUGCCACGCUGAAAGUCACUGAGCUCUUCAUUAAGGCCAUUCUACUGCCAAUGUUUACUAUGGAGAUUGCAUGGCUGUGUGCUUGAUUUUUGUACACCUGUCAGCAAAGGAUGUGACUGAAAUAGCCAAAUCCACUAAUUUGAAGGGGUGUCUACAUACUUUUAUAUAUAUAGUGUAUUUAAGCAAUAAGGCCCGAGCGGGUGUUGCAAAUGGCCAAUAUACCACGGCUAAGGGCUGUUCUUAGGCCUUAUUACUAUUAUAAACUGGUUACCAUUGUAAUUAGAGCAGUAAAAAUAAAUGUUUCGUUAUACCCAUGGUAUACGGUCUGAUAUUCAACCGCUGUCAGCCAAUCAGCAUUCAGGUUCUCGAACCACCCGGUUUAUAAUCUAUUAUAGACACCUUAAUGUAUAAUAUUUUUUUACAUGUGAACUGAACAUAAAAUUAAAAAUAUAUUACAACAUUUUUUUAAAGGUAUUUAUUUUAGAGAACACUAAUGUUACUGUUCCCACUACAACAGAUAAAUACUUAAAUACAUUUAAUUUGACCUUGAAACAUUUAAUUGAAAUAGUCUAGACUCCCAUUCAUUCCAAUGGAGGAUUGCUUCUUCUGAGGAAUACCAAUAUGUCCGACCGGUGGCUUCCAAUCCUCUAAUUGGCCAAUACAUAGCAUCAGCAAUACAGAGUUUAUAUACAUCAUUGCACUUAUCCUAUUCCACCAUUACACAGCACCCACAAUGUACAAAACCAUAUAAGCCCACCACAUGAAGCAAAUCCACAAAAUUGUAUGUACGGUUUAAUUGUUCUACUAAAAUCAAUAAUGUGUCGUAAAAAAAAAAAAUCUAUUAUUGCAGCUUCACGGCCGAGUCGGAAAGGGAGAAAGAGGAGUGGAUUGAAGCAGUCCAGGAAUCGAUAGCCGAAACGCUCUCCGAUUAUGAAGUGGCAGAGAAGAUCUGGUUCAAUGAUUCCAACAGGAGCUGUGCUGACUGCCGCGCGCCACAGCCCGAAUGGGCCUCCAUCAAUCUGGGGGUUGUCAUCUGUAAGAAGUGUGCAGGUAAUAAAUAGACUGUUGCUAUGCCACUAUCACUCUCCAAACUUUACAUUGCAUGCCUUUUUUUCUCAAGCCUUAUAUCUAUAGACCCUACACCCUCCAUACCGCUCCUUCUCUCACUCAUGCAGCCCUUCUGUCCUCUUUUGCCCCCUGUCUUUUGCUUUCCUUCACUCAUUCCCCCUUCUUCCAUUCCUCCCCCUGUCUCCUCCUCCCACUCUCCCUCUCCUUCCCCCUCCUCCUUCUCGCUCUUCACUUUAACUGAUUGAUAGACUCUGUUGAACAUGAAAAUAGAGCUUGACUCCUCGCCUCACUUUUCACAACUGGAACAGGGGAUGGGUGGACGGAGGGUGAAACCAACCAUUGCAGAGAGAGAUGGAGAGAGAGAUGGAGAGAGAGGAAGAAAAAGGAAGAGAGCAAGCCGGGGAGAGAGGGAGAAAGAAAGAGGGAGAAAGAGAGUGAGAGAAAAGACAGAUGUGUGUGAGAGAGAGAAUAAAAAAAGGGAGGACUAACGGAUCUCAGAUCACCACCUAGGAGGACUAACUGAUCUCAUAUCACCAUUUAGGAGGACUAACUGAUCUCAGAUCACCACCUAGGAGGACUAACUGAUCUCAGAUCACCACUUAGGAGGACUAACUGAUCUCAGAUCACCACCUAGGAGGACUAACUGAUCUCAUAUCACCACCUAGGAUGACUAACUGAUCUCAGAUCACCACCUAGGAGGACUAACUGAUGUCAGAUCACCAUUUAGGAGGACUAACUGAUCUCAGAUCACCACCUAGGAGGACUAACUGAUCUCAGAUCACCACUUAGGAGGACUAACUGAUCUCAGAUCACCACCUAGGAGGACUAACUGAUCUCAUAUCACCACCUAGGAGGACUAACUGAUAUCAGAUCACCACCUAGGAGGACUAACUGAUAUCAGAUCACCACCUAGGAGGACUAACUGAUCUCAGGUCACCACCUAGGAGGACUAACUGAUCUCAUGUCAACACCUAGGAGGACUAACUGAUCUCAGGUCAACACUUAGGAGGACUAACUGAUCUCAGAUCACCACCUAGGAGUGCUAUUAAGAUCGCAGGUGUUACAUCACCUAGUGGGACUAUUAAAAUAAGAUAUCAUAUGUUACACCACGUAGGGGUACUUUUAAGAUCUCAUGUGUUACACCACCUAGGGGGACUGUGUGUGUGCUAACCCCUCUGGCUUGGUGGACAUAUUGGAUGCAAUGAAAAGAGAGAUUAGGUCAUAUGGUGUAACCUGUGAGUUUACCCCUGACACACUAAAUGUGAUUAGAGAGUGACAAAUGCACACGCUACACUGAUGUAUUAGACAGAUCUCCCACUGCAUGGUGGGUAAUCCAUUAUGAAAUGGGAGUCUUGGUGACUUAACCCUGUCUUUUAGAUUUGUUUAAUAGGACACCGCCUUUGCACACACACCACACACACACACACACACACACACACACACACACACACACACACACACACACACACACACACACACACACACACAUUCACACAGGCAUGUAUGCAAGCAAACACACACACACACACACACACACAAACUCUUCAUUGUCCCCUUCUCUCUCCUCAAGGAGGCCUCAAGAUACCAUGUCUCUGUCAUAUGUUUUAAUUCAACGCGUCACCUCUCUUUAUAACCCAAGUAAUUGGUAUUCCUCAAGUUUCCACCACAGCUUUUUCAAACGGCCCUUAAAUGAUUUCAUUUACAGGAAUGUUGAAUAUUUUCGACACGUGGCGGAGGUGAGCUGCGUAGUGCAACGGACAAGAUGAGUAAGCCAUCCUCGGACGGACCACUCGCCUUAAAUUACCCAGCCUGGUUUGGAAAAUCAAUGGCAGAAAUGCUUUUCAUUAGGUUUCAGGUGUCACAGACAAUAAAAAUGAACGAUAGAACUGGAUGAAGAGGAAACUCUAAUGAGAAGACUAAUGAUUAAAUGAUUCCAGAUUGUCUUUCUUCUCUUAAUGCGAGUGGAGAAUGAAAGGGAGAGAGAGAGUAGACAGUUGAUGUGACAUGUAGCCCGGUAGCCAGGGAGACAUGUAGCCCGGUAGCCAGGGAGACGUGUAGCCCGGUACCCAGGGAGACAUGUAGCCCGGUAGCCAGGGAGACAUGUAGCCAGGGAGACGUGUAGCCCGGUAGCCAGGGAGACGUGUAGCCCGGUAGCCAGGGAGACGUGGUAGCCGGUGUCUAGGGGAUAUGGGCACGACUGUAGCCCAGGACGGGAGACGUGUAGGCCCGAGUUACCAGAGCAUGUAUACACGGUAACAGGGAGACUGUAUCCAGUGGAGAGUUGUAAGCCGGUAGCAGGAGACGUUGACGGCACUAAUGGCAAUCAGGGGCUAGUCGUGCAUUAGGGCGAUAUGGGCGACGCACUGCCAACGUAUGGAGGGAUUUUUCUAUCAUUAGUUACGGCAACAUAGUAUCCCAGGUUCUAAUAGACGUCUGAUCUGCACUAAAUAUCCAAUAGUUCUAAAGUUCUUGCUUUCAAAUGAUGCCCGCCCCUUUGGCGAUUUCACUCAGGUGAAAUCGCCCGGAGUGGCUUUGACUUAUCAUGUAAAUCUUUUUUGUUUACAAAUAUCAGAGCUUUCAAUACAAUCUCUAUGGGUUCCGGGAGGGCUUGCACUUACGCGCUUUCGUCAUACGUAACAUAAGUAACCAUGAACAUAACUAAGAAAAGAGCGGGUAGAAGCGUCAAUCAAUUCACGUACAACUGUCAAGAUGGCUAGCUUUGCGAGGCAAAGAUGAAACUGAGGGCUCCACCAACCCUGGUAUUUUUCUUGGACUUGUCAACUUUGUGGCACAAUUAGAUGAGGUGUUUGAUGACCAUCUUAAAAAUGCUAAAGUUUUCAAGGGCACAUCAAAGACCAUUCAAAACGAGCUACUGGAGUGUAUGCUAGCGGUCAUGAGGGAACAUAUUGUGGACGAGGUGAAGUCGGCGAACUUCGUAGCUAUCCAAGCUGACGAGACCACGGACGUUUCUACACAGACACAGCUGGUGCUUGUGCUGAGGUACAUAGAUAGCAACCACAAAGUGCAGGAGCGCUUUUUUGAGUUCCUUCCCAUCUCGGAAUCAACCUCAGUCUCAAUCGCCAGUGUGCUUUUGGAGAGACUGAACGGUCUUUUUGCCGACGACGAGAAAGUCAAACUCAUUGCGCAAGCUUACGAUGGAGCCAGUGUGAUGAGGGGAGAGAAGGCUGGUGUGCAGCAAAAGGUGCGUGAGCAUUUCAAGAAUGCCCAUUACGUGCAUUGCUAUGCGCAUCAGCUGAAUUUGAUCAUGCAGCAAGCUAGAACAGUUUCAGUACAAGUAAUGUAGCCUCUCUCUCUCUUUGUCCCUCCCUGUCUGUCUCUUUAACACACACACGCCCAAAUCAGUUCACAGUUGAUGUUGUUUAAAAUAGUUAUUUUUCGUUUUUUUUAAAGUAAAAAAAAAAAAAAAAUCUGUUCAUGUUCAUUUUUACAAAUCUAUACAAUUGGCCAGAAUAUGGUUGUUCAUAUUUACAAAUCUAUACAAUUGGCCAGAAUAUGGUUGUUCAUUUUUACAAAGCCAUACAGAUAGCUGUGUUUACCUUUUCUAUAAAUUAUUUUUAAAUUCUGUUUUCAGGCAAAAUGUCUAUCACUGUUCAUUUUCACAAAUCUAUACAAGAGGGCAGAAUAUGGAAGUCUAUAAAAAUUUCUUAUUACCAAUAACUUGCAUCAAUGUUUUCAGUAGCCUCUAUCAAAAGCUCCUGCUUGCUUGUUGUGAAUUAUGCUCAGGUGCACAUAUUUCCAAUUCAACCAUGAGGCCUUUUUGAAGCAAGUAAUGUGUAGUAUUGACUUAUAUGCUGCCCCUGUCUUCAUGUUGUUGCUGGACAUAUCUUUUUUAAAAUGUGUGUAGGUCACCUAAAUCAUCAGAAAAAUUGCCCCCCCUGAGAAUUUUUUCAGGAGCCGCCACUGCCAGGGAGACAUGUAGCCCGGUAGCCAGGGAAACGUGUAGCCAGGGAGACAUGUAGCCCGGUAGCCAGGGAGACAUGUAGCCAGGGAGACGUGUAGCCCGGUAGCCAGGGAGACGUGUAGCCAGGGAGACGUGUAGCCCGGUAGCCAGGGAGACGUGUAGCCAGGGAGACGUGUAGCCCGGUGGCCAGGGAGACGUGUAGCCCGGUAGCCAGGGAAACAUGUAGCCCGGUAGCCAGGGAGACGUGUAGCCCGGUAGCCAGGGAGACGUGUAGCCCUGCGCUGAUGUCAUGUUGUGGUCUGUUAUGCUACUGGGAUCUCUCCUUGGCUUCCCCUUAAAAAGUGUUGUGUCCAGAAUGGUGUCCUGGAACCAAAUUGUUUCUCUCUCUCUCUCUGUCUCUCUCUCUCGUCUAUCUUGGUUUUAUCUCUCUAUUCACUUAUCUGUACUGGUCUAUUCUCUGUCUCGGUCUAUGUCUAUCUCUAUGUAUAUUCUAUCUCUCUAUCUUUAUCUGUUUAUGUAUUUAUCUUGUGUACUCUCUUCUAGUAAUCUAUCUCUCUCUCUCUUUCUGUCUCUCCUCGCUCUCUUCUGAUCUCUCUUCUCUCUACUCUCCUUCUUACCUCUUUUCGUCCCCAUUUCUCUCUCUUGCCAUUAUCAAACACGACCACCGAGCUGAAUAACACGUUGGUCUGCCUGUCCACGUGUAAUUGCAAUAAACCCUUUAAAUCAAACAACCCGGCAACUGUUUCCGUGGCAACCACAAAUGCAAUGCCCAUUUUUUCAUUCUCCUGUUGUGCCGAUUGAGCGAAGGAAGUGUGCCACACAGUGAGGAGGGUGCUAAAGGUGUUCAGAGUCUCAUAACAGCAGUCGGUUCAGAACGUUUUAAUUGGGCAGUUGGUAACUGGGUGAGGUUUAGAAUUCUGAGGAAGCAGGAAGUACCUUUGUUGUUUGUUUUGUGUGGAGCAUUUCAGCUUGUUACAAAGAGUACGGACUAAUUUAGAGACUUGUAUUUGAUCUAUUGUAUUGAGACGAGAGUAUUGACUUGUAUUGAUAACUUAUUUGAUUGUUUUGAGACAGAGACUUGUAUUUGAUCUAUUGUAUUGAUACAGAGACUUGUAUUUGAUCUAUUGUAUUGAUACAGAGACUUGUAUUUGAUCUAUUGUAUUGAUACAGAGACUUGUAUUUGAUCUAUUGUAUUGAUACAGAGACUUGUAUUUGAUCUGUUGUAUUGAGACAGAGACUUGUAUUUGAUCUAUUGUAUUGAUACAGAGACUUGUAUUUGAUCUGUUGUAUUGAGACAGAGACUUGUAUUUGAUCUGUUGUAUUGAGACAGAGACUUGUAUUUCAUCUAUUGUAUUGAUACAGAGACUUGUAUUUGAUCUAUUGUAUUGAGACAGAGACUUGUAUUUGAUAUAUUGUAUUGAUACAGAGACUUGUAUUUGAUCUGAUUGUAUUGAUACAGAGACUUGUAUUUGAUCUGUUGUAUUGAGACAGAGACUUGUAUUUGAUAUAUUGUAUUGAUACAGAGACUGUAUUUGAUCUGUGUAUUGAGACAGAGACUUGUAUUUGAUCUGUUGUAUUGAGACAGAGACUUGUAUUUGAUAUAUUGUAUUGAUACAGAGACUUGUAUUUCAUCUAUUGUAUUGAGACAGAGACUUGUAUUUCAUCUAUUGUAUUGAGACAGAGACUUGUAUUUCAUCUAUGUUAUUGAGACAGAGACUUGUAUUUGAUCUAUUGUAUUGAGACAGAGACUUGUAUUUGAUCUGUUGUAUUGAGACAGAGGGCGUUAUUGUACAACACACACUUCUGAAUCCUACGAACCACUUGCGGAUAACAUCAGGACUUUUAUUCAGUAGCGUCCCAUUAAUGAUCACGAAAAUAGUGAUAUGGUCAUUUAACAGAUGCUUUUAUCCCAAGCUACCCAGAGGUGGAUACAUCGCAAAAAACAGCGGGAGAGAGAGAGAUGCAGAGAGAGAGAGAGGAGAGAGAGAGAGAGCGAGAGGAGAGAGGGAGAGAGGAGAGGGAGAGAGAGAGAGAGGAGACGAGAGAGAAGAGAGAGAGAGAGAGAGAGAGAGAGAAGAGGAGAGAGAGAGAGAGAGAGAGAGAGAGAGAGAGAGAGAGAGAGACGAGUAGAAGUGGAGGGACAAAAGGUGAGAGUAACCGAUAAGCAGAAGAGUGAGCUAGAGACGUCAGAGAAGAAGAGAGAGAGCGAUCUACUCUCUAUCUUAUCUCUCUCUCUCUCUCUCUCGUCUCUCUCUCUCUCUCUCUCUCUUCUCCCUUCUCUCCUCUCACUCACGCACUCACUCACUCUCAUAAUUGAGGCCCCUCUUGUGGUAAGUGUAUCAGUGUCAUAACCCCUUUGGCCACUUUCACCAACCCGUCCACUGACAGUAAUGCUAUCUUGAUAGACAACGAUGCCUUGCACACUACCAGACUAAUCACAUGAGAGAGUCGUACGAGAGACUCUCUGAUCCAUAUGCAUAUCAAUGUCUUCUUCUUCUUCGUCUCCAUUAUGUUUUAUUCAUCCAUCCAUCCAUCUUAACGCAUAAACAACGCUAACCCUUCAGUUCACCCAAAUAAACACAGACCAACAAACACAAUUAAUUAGUCAUGAAUCAUUAGCAAUUAAUGUCCCUCUUCUCUCUCUUUCUCUGCUUUCAUUUCCAAUUAGCUGCGUUGAACGCUGUAAAUAAGUCUUUGACUAGAGAGUAUUAGAGUGGUAGGACGCUGCCAGCCAUGCCUCUAUGAUAUCUGCUGUCUCGGUAGUUUGUCACUGAACCGUGUGUGUGUGUGUUCCUCUGUGUGUGUGUGUGUGUGCGUGUGUUGCUUGUGUGUUUGUACCCCCAGGUCAGCACCGGUUCCUGGGCCCUAGCCUCUCUAAAGUCCGGAGCCUGAAGUUAGACAGCAGUAUCUGGAGCAACGAGCUGGUGGAGGUACGGAGAUGUUUGAUCCAGAUCACAUGGGAAUGUGUUGAGGUUUCUUCCUGUGAAAGUUGUGGAAUCUGGAGAUGGCGUUGUAGAAAGCAUGGCAAGGGUUUCGUAAAUGUAUUAUUUUACCGCAUACAUUUAGUUUGGCAUUGUAAUACGGUUUUGAAUUAUCCUUCUAUACUAUAGGAAUUUCAGUGACUACAGUAGGUCAUUAUUAUAAAACUAAGUUCUCAACGACUUACCUGAUUAAAAUAAAGUUUUAAUAUAUAAUAUUUUAAUAUAAUGUUUUUAGUUUUAAAAAUAAAGUUCUAAUGUUAAACAAAUUUAACAUGAUUGUUCUGUGACUGUUUCAGAGAGUGCAGUUGAUGCUUUACAAUUCUAAUAGUUCAUUGGACAUCUGACCUCUGCCCUCUGACCCCACAGCUCUUUCUGGAGGUGGGCAAUAAGAACGCCAACAGCUUCUGGGAAGCCAGCCUGCCCCUGGAGGAACAGCUUCACAUGGGUGCGUCGCCCGAGCAGCGGGCCACCUUCCACCGCAGGAAGUACAGAGAGAGGAAGUACCGGAGGGUCCUGGAGAGCCUUCACAACCAGGAGCAGCUCAAUCAGGUAGAAACUGGCGUGAACCGGUGUAAACGUCUGAACUGGCUGAAACCUGUCUGAAUAGAUCCAAACAAGUUGAAACUGGGUGAAACAGGGUUGAGGUUUCUAGUUUAUGAAGUUUUCCCAUAUGCGCAAAAGCCUCUUCAGUGUUCCUGUACUGUGCACUAAGAAGUAAAACAAUCUAACUGACACAAAAUGUCUGUGUCCAAAAGACGAUCUGCUUCAUGUGUGCUGUCUCCGUGUAUGUUAAGAUGGUUUAGUUAGAGGCCCUCUCUCCAUAGUUAGUUUGCUAAUGUGUAUGUCACGCUGUAGAACGUGAGUUCUUUUGGCCCCGCCAUCGGAACCAAAGUGUGUCAAAUUUUUUUUUACUGAUCCUCUAAAUGUACUGAUCCUCUAAAAGGCUGAGUGUACACCUGCGUCAGCGUUUACACAGAUCAGAUCAGUCCUCACUUAUUGUUUUGCGAAAAAGAGAAAGAGUGAGGGAAGGAAAGGGAGAGGUAGAGAGAGAGGGAGAGGUGGAGAGGUAGAGAGAGAGGGAGAGAAUGGAGGGGAGGAAGGGGGGAGAGGGGGAGGGUGGGGGAGGGGGAGGGAGAUAAGGGAGAGGGGGAGAUUGGGGAAAGGGGAGGGGGAAGGAGGAUUUCUCGCUAAGUGGAAAAAAGGGGGUUUAAAAUCCCCCAAAAGAAAGCCUUUGUCGGUUUCCCCCUUUGGCUUUCUUGUGUGUGUGUGGUUUUGUGGGUUUGGGUUUGGGUUUUCCCUUUAAAAAAAGGUGAAUGGGGGCUGUUCAAAAAGAGUGGGGAAAAAGGUUUUGGUAGGAGAGAAGUGUUUAGGGGGGGAGUAGGAGAGGAGGGCCAUACUAAAUGUUUUUAGGGAGGGAAAAGGGAGGGACCAAAUGUCGCCAGUGGUUUUAGUAAUACAGGAAAGGGGUUUUAGCCCUUAUGGGGGGGUUUGUAGAAUUACAGGGGGGAUGUAGCCCUUUGUGGUGUAAAUAAAUUUCAGGAAAAGGGUAAACCUUCAGUGGUUUUGUAGUAAUUAAAGAAAGGUUGUAGCCUUCAGUGUUGUAGUUUCGAAUUACGGGUAGUAAUACAGGAAGGAUGUAGCCUUCAGUGGUUGUAGUAAUUACAGAAAGGAUGUCUAGCCUUCAGUGGUUGUAGUAAUUACAGGAAGGAUGUAGCCUUCAGUGGUUGUAGUAAUUACAGAGAAGGGGUGUAGCCUUCAGUGGUUGUAGUAAUUACAGAAGGUGUAGCCUUCAGUGGUUGUUGUAAUUACAGGAAGGGUGUAGCCUUCAGUGGUUGUAGUAAUUACAGGAAGGGUGUAGCCUUCAGUGGUUUGGGAAUGUGAUGAUACAGAAGAAACAAGGCAACAGUAAACAUGCCAUCCUCCAUGAAUGAUGCUUCGCCCCCCUUGGGCCAAUUGAGAUAUUGCAUGUGACUGAUACAUUUCAGGUAAUUACUAUACAGUGCCUUGCUAAAGUAUUCAACCCCCUUGGCGUUUUUCCUAUUUUGUUGCAUUACAACCUGUACUUUAAAUUGAUUUUUCUUUGGAUUACAUGUAAUGGACAUACACAAAAUAGUCCAAAUUGGUGAAGUGAAAAUUACUUGUUUCAAAGAAUUCUAAAAAAUAAAUAACUGAAACGUGGUGCGUGCAUAUGUAUUUACCCCCUUUGCUAUGAAGCCCCUAAAUAUGAUCUGGUGCAAUAAAGUCCACUUGUGUGCAAUCUAAGUUUCACAUGAUCUGUCACAUGUUCUCAGUAUAUAUACACCUGUUCUGAAAGGCCCCAGAGUCUGCAACACCACUAAGCAAGGGGCACCACCAAGCAAGUGGCACCAUGAAGACCAAGGAGCUCUCCAAACAGGUCAGGGACAAAGUUUUAGAGAAGUUCAGAUCAGGGUUGGGUUAUAAAAAAAUAUCAGAAACGUUGAACGGAGCAUUAUUAAAUCCAUUAAUUAAAAAAUGGAAAGAAUAUAGCACCACAACAAACCUGCUAAGAGAGGGCCGCCCACUAAAACUCCCGGACCAGGCAAGGAGGGCAUUAAUCAGAGAGGCAACAAAGAGACCAAAGAUAACCCUGAAUGAGCUGCAAAGCUCAACAGCGGAGAUUGGAGUAUCUGUCCAUAGGACCACUUUAAGCCGUACACUCCAACAGAGCUGGGCUUUACGGAAGAGUGGCUAGAAAAAAGCCAUUGCUUAAAGAAAAAAAUAAGCAAACACAUUUGCCAAAAGGCAUGUGGGAGACUCCCCAAACAUAUGGAAGAAGGUACUCUGGUCAGAUGAGACUAAAAUUUAGCUUUUUGGCCAUCAAGGAAAACGCUAUGUCUGGCGCAAACCCAACACCUCUCAUCACCCUGAGAACACCAUCCCCACAGUGUGCCAGAAAAAAGUAUUUGCUUAAAGAAAAAAAAAUAAGCAAACAUGUUUGGUGUUCGCCAAAAGCCAUGUGGGAGACUCCCCAAACAUAUGGAAUAAGGUACUCUGGUCAGAUGAGACUAAAAUUGAGCCAACAAGGAAAAGGCUAUGUCUGGCACAUACCCAACACCUCUCAUCACCCCGAGAACACCAUCCCCACAGUGAAGCAUGGUGGUGGCAGCAUUGCUGUGGGGAUGUCUUUCAUCGGCAGGGACUGGGAAACUUGUCAGAAUUGAAGGAAUGAUGGUGCUAACUACAGGGACAUUCUUGAGGGAAACCUGUUUCAGUCUUCCAGAGAUUUGAGACUAAGACGGAGUUUCACCUUCCGGCAGGACAAGGACCCUAAGCAUACUGCUAAAGCAACACUCAAGUGGUUUAAGGGGAAACAUUGAAAUGUCUUGGAAUGGCCUAGUCGAAGCCCAGACCUCAAUCCAAUUCAAAAUAUGUGGUAUGACUUAAAGAUUGCUGUACACCAGCGGAACUCAUCCAACUUGAAGGAGCUGGAGUACUUUUGCCUUGAAGAAUGGGCAAAAAUCCCAGUGGCUAGAUGUGCCAAGUUUAUAGAGACAUACACCAAGAGAAUUGCAGCUGUAAUUGCUGCAAAAGGUGGCUCUACAAAGUAUUUACUUUGGGGGGGGGGGUGAAUAGUUAUGCACGCUCAAGUUUUCUGUUUUUUUGUCUUAUUUCUUCUUUGUUUCACAAGAAAAAAAGAAAUGUAGCAUCUUCAAAGUGGUAGGCAUGUUGUGUAAAUCAAAUGAUACAAUCCCCCCCCCGAAAAUCCAUUUUAAUUCCAGGUUGUAAGGCAACAAAAUAGGAAGAAGGCCAAGGGGGGUGAAUACUUUCACAAGACACUGUAGCUCCCGCUUUGAGCCAAUCAGUGUAAUUUAUUAAAUUCCGGAUCUCUAUGGCGAGACACAUCUUUCACCCAAGUUGUAUCAGAUAUUGCGUGUGACUAUCGUGCGGACGGAUGGAGACAGAUCCACAGUCCCUUCCUCGUAGUGCUGAGUGAUUAGUGUUUUUUGAGGUCGUUUCGGUUUGAUUAUUAAAAAUAAUCACGUUUGUUGAAUUUUUUUAAUUAAAUGCACUAUGAAUUAGUGGGUUAAAUACUGUAACAACACAGAAUAAAACAAUGAAUGAAAGUCCCAUGAUGGUAGUGACUGCUCAUUACUGCUGAUCACUUAUUAACCAUCAUUUAUUAACUUUACUUUAAUAAAAUAUUUCAGUUGUUGUGUAUUUUUACAUUUUGUUUUAUAUUUCAUCUUUAUUAUUUCAUUCCAAGUCAUCAUCUCAUCUCUAUAGAGCUACUGUCUGACAAAAUCACUAUUUUAGUAGUUCUUCACAGUAAAUAAGGAAUACUACUAUGACUGCUGAAUACCAACUAUCAAUCAAUUAGAUCAUGUAUUUUUAUCAAACACUUAGUUCUUGGUAGAGAUACCUCCCGAAGCAACAGCUGCUCUCUAUAUCCCCUCACGAUUGUGCAUUCUUUUGUCUCUUCCGUAGCAGGUGUAAAAAAAAAAAAAAAAAAAAAAAACAGACUGGACAAGUUGGUGCGCAAUGGAUUAUGGUCAUUGUAGAUAACUACUAUGUUUUUUUGCACUAAACUAUGUAGAAUAUUGGCCUGUUGGAAAAUACAACUCCCCACUACAUCUCACAGUUUAGGCUGGAUCUGAUUUAUCUCUAGAGGAUCUGAUUUAUCUCUAGAGGAUCUGAUUUAUCUCUAGAGGAUCUGAUUUAUCUCUAGAGGAUCUGAUUUAUCUCUAGAGGAUCUGAUUUAUCUCUAGAGGAUCUGAUUUAUCUCUAGAGAAACUGAUUUAUCUCUAGAGGAUCUGAUUUAUCUCUAGAGGAUCUGAUUUAUCUCUAGAGGAUCUGAUUUAUCUCUAGAGGAUCUGAUUUAUCUCUAGAGAAACUGAUUUAUCUCUAGAGAAACUGAUUUAUCUCUAGAGGAUCUGAUUUAUCUCUAGAGGAUCUGAUUUAUCUCUAGAGGAUCUGAUUUAUCUCUAGAGAAACUGUGCAAUCUGCGCGUUGAGCUCACAGAAGAAAAAAAAACUUUAAAAAACUAAAUGGAAUUCUAUUUUUUUGAACCGACAUCUGUCAAUUAUUGUUUAAUAAAUGAAAAAUAUCAGACAUUUGGGUUAAUAGCACAGCACUACCUCCUCGAUUUCACCGUGGGGGACAAUUACUGAACUACAUGAAAUCUCUCUGCUAUGAUCUGACUGACUGAACACUGCCCUUAGUGUUUGUGUGGAUAUGUUUUAUAGCCUAGUGUUUGUGUGUGUGUGUGUGUGUACGUGGUGUGCUUGGCCUCACUUUCAGACCUUGUUUCUGGCGGAUCGAUAAAACACGUUGGCUCCGUGCUUGGAAGAAUUGCACUAUCACCAUUCCUCACCUCUGCCUCUCCUCUUUGGUUUAGGGGGGAUACACUAUUGUGUUUAUCGACGAGAACGGGAGGGAGGGAGGGAGGGAGGGAGGGAGGGAGGGAGAGAGAUCCCAUUUUAAUUGGUUGGAUAGCAUUCUUCCCCUUGACCCUGCAUUCAGUUCAAAAGUGGUUCUCUCAACAGCCUUUAAAAUGUAUUCAGGGGAUUUCACAGUCCAUUUCAAAUAGCAAAUGGUUUUCUGUCCAAGUGUGACACUCAUAUACUCACUAAAGGGUUUCUCUCUCUUGUUUUUAUUUCUUCUCCCUGUGUUGUUGGUGGAUUGUGUUUGUGAUUAUUGUUGCUUGGCUAUUUAGGUGAAAAAUAUGUCGAUGUGCCCUGCUAAAUGACUAAAAUAAAAAUGUCUGUCUGUCUGUCUCUGUCUGUCUGUCUGUCUGUCUGUCUGUCUGUCUGUCUGUCUGUCUGUCUGUCUGUCUGUCUGUCUGUCUGUCUGUCUGUCUGUCUGUCUGUCUGUCUGUUUCUGUCUGUCUGUAUGUCUGUCUGUCUGUCUUCUGUCUGUCUGUCUGUCUGUCUGUCUGUCUGUCUGUCUGUCUGUCUGUGUCUGUCUGUCUGUCUGUCUGUCUGUCUGUUGUCUGUCUGUUUCUGUUGUCUGUCUGUCUGUCUGUCUGUCGCUGUCUGUUGUCUGUCUGUCUGUGUCUGUCUGUCUCGUCUGUCUGUCUGUAUGUCUUGUCUGUAUGUCUGUCUGUCUGUUCGUUUGUCUGUCUGUCGGUCUGUCGUCUGUCGGUCUGUCUGUCUGUCUGUCUGUCUGUCUGUCUGUCUGUCUGUCUGUCUGUCUGUCUGUCUGGCUGUCUGUCGGUCUGUCUGUUCUGUAUGUCUGUCUGUCUGUCUGUUUCUGUCUGUCUGUCUGUAUGUCUGUCUGUCUGUCUGUAUGUCUGUCUGUCUGUCUGUCUGUCUGUCUGUCUGUCUGUCUGUCUGUCUGUCUGUCUGUCUGUCUGUCUGUCUGUCUGUCUGUCUGUCUGUCUGUCUGUCUGUCUGUCUGUCUGUCUGUCUGUCGGUCUGUCUGUCUGUCUGUCUGUCUGUCUGUCUGUCUGUCUGUCUGUCUGUCUGUCUGUCUGUCUGUCUGUCUGUCUGUCUGUCUGUCUGUCUGUCUGUCUGUCUGUCUGUUGUCGUCUGUCUGUUCUGUCUGUCUGUCUGUCUGUCUGUCUGUCUGUCCGUCCGUCCGUCCGUCCGUCCGUCCGUCUCUCUCUCUCUCUCUCUCUCUCUCUCUCUCUCUAUCUGUCUCUCUAGGCACUGUGUGCUGCUGUGGUUCUACCUGACGUGGUAGAGACCAUGGCAUUGGUGUUCAGUGGAGCUGAUGUGAUGUGUGCUACAGGAGAUCCAACCCACUCGACUCCCUACCUACUGGCCCAGAGGGCAGGGCAGAGACUACAAAUGGAGUUCCUACACCUCAACAAGCUCUCA